UGCACUACUAAGUGCACUUACGCGCGCGCACCAUCCUACCAUCCCAAUGUUCGACGCGUUGUUUCGCGGCCGGCGAAAUGACCGCCGUGCUCGCGAAAUUGCCUGCAUUGGCGAGUACGAAUCCCGUGCGGCAGAAGUACUGGAGCGGAACGCGCAUGACUUCUUCCGCAGCGGUGCCGGUUGUGAGCAGACGAUGCGCUUGAACAGAUCGUGCUUCGAAAAGAUACGGAUCAGACCUCGGUGCCUGGCGCGGGUCGGAAAUCGCAGUUUAACGGUCAACGCAAUGGGAUCCACCUUCGCCAUGCCGAUCGGAAUUGGGCCGGUGGCCCUGGCCAAGUUGGCGCACAGCGAUGGCGAGAAGGCUUUGGCCCGUGCUGCAAGAUCGAUGGGGGUGCCGUUUGUGAUUAGUGCAUUGUCGAGUGUUUCGCUGGAGGAUGUGGCGGAAGCUGUACCGAGAAGUCCGAAAUGGUUUCAGUUGUUCAUAUUUAAAGAUCGAGAAAUGACUGAAAACUUGGUGCGAAGAGCCGAGCGUGCUCGUUACAGGGCCAUAGUGGUGACAGUUGAUUCGCCGGUAAUUGGGCUGAGAAGGGCAGAACUGAAAAACCCUACAAAUUUGCCAUCCAAAGUAACAUUGGCGAACUUUUGCCCCCCUCAUAAUAAUGUGUGCUCGAAGAAUUUAACCGAAUACGUGAGAAAUCAAUUUGAUCCAACCGUGGGAUGGGAUUCACUGCGAUGGUUAUUGAGUAUAACCGAUCUUCCUGUCAUAUUGAAGGGUGUUUUGACCCGAGAGGAUGCUCUGAUGGCUGCCGAUUUAGGUGUACAAGGAAUUAUAGUAUCCAAUCAUGGAGGAAGGCAGCUUGAUUGUGCUCCAGCAACGAUAGAAGUUCUCCCGGAAAUAGUCGAAGCUGUUGGGAAUCGCCUCACGGUAAUGCACGAUGGUGGUAUAACGCAGGGCUCCGAUGUCUUCAAAGCUUUGGCGUUGGGUGCCAAGCUGGUAUUCGUUGGACGAGCUGCCUUAUGGGGCCUAGCAGUGAGUGGACAGCACGGUGUAGAAGAUGUUCUGGAUUUGCUUCGGCUAGAGCUGGACUCUGCCAUGGCAAUAGCCGGCUGCAAAACCACGAAACACAUUACCGAAAAUCGUGUACGAUACGAAUCCGAAUAUCUGAUGCCGCGGUUGCGGAUUCUGGAGCGACUCGAAAAUAAUUUCGAUGAUGAGGAAAAUGAGGUGCCGCACGUUGAGAUACACGACGUCAAAAAUGGAGAGGAUCCACAGCCGGUUGAUCGAGCCGUGGAAGUACUGAUACCGACUGGCGAAGAUGGUUUGGCAAAGUUCCCGAUAGGAAACGAUGGCGUGGACGAUUGUGGAAAGACCUCUAGUCCGUGGUGCAAGACAGUAAAUAGUGAGGCGGUGGUAGAAGUGGUACGAGCGCCACCGAGAGUUACAAGGGAAGUUCGCGUUGUUCCGGAGGUUGUAAAAGUGAUCAACAGAAAUAUAAAAGCAGACAUAGCACGUCGAGAUUAUCUGAAGAAUCGUUACUCCAGUAGAAAGGGCAUCGUUGCACAAUUUACCCAGUAUUGCAAAACCAACAGAAGAUUGCCGGUGCAUUAUGUAGCAACCAAUAAAAAGUAUUAUUUUAGAUUGUAUUAUUUGUAA